AAGAAAACAUUCGCGGUGACUUUACUGCAACGAACGGAUACAACUGCAACGCACAGCGGUUGAAAGGAUCGUUACAAGCGGACCGGUCCAACCUCAAUCCACGCGGACGGAUGAUUGUUGGCAGUAGGAUUCGCGCUUCCAAAGCUCGCCUUUUUAUUUAGGUUUUCUUUUGUUUUUGAUAAGCAUAAGGUACAUCCAGUAUGUCGGAGCGGGGAGGGCUCCCAAGGACUGGAAAUGUACCGUCUCCGCAGCCUUCCAAACCGGCGGCGAUCACUUCCAAUCGCCCGGUGCACAUGAACUUGUACGCCACCUGGGAAGUGGACCGAUCGUCCCCGAGCUGCGUGCCGAGACUCUUCAACCUGACACUGAAGAAGCUGGUCAUGCUUAAAGAGCUGGAUAAAGAUUUGACCUCUGUGGUUAUUGCUGUCAAACUCCAGGGAUCAAAGCGAAUCCUUCGUUCCAAUGAGAUCUUGUUGCCAUCGACCGGCCAGACGGAAACAGACCUGCAGCUCACAUUCUCACUGCAGUAUCCUCACUUCCUGAAACGGGAUGCCAACAAACUCCAGAUCAUGCUGCAGAGGAGGAAGAGAUACAAGAACAGAACCAUCCUGGGCUACAAGACCCUCGCGCUCGGACUCAUCAACAUGGCAGAGGUGAUGCAGCACCCGAUGGAGGGUGCUCAGGUACUGGGAUUGCACAGUCAGCUGAAGGAAGUGUCUGUCCCUGUGGCUGAGAUCAGAGUUUACUCUCUUUCCAGUCAACCCAUCGACCACGAGGGGCCCAAAGCCAAGAUGAACGAUCGUUCUCCAGACAUUGACAACUACUCGGAGGAAGAGGAAGAGAGCUAUUCAUCUGAACAAGAAGGCAGUGAUGACCCCGUUCAUCAUUAUCUAGAUGAUGAAGAGGAUGAGGUGAGGAAGAAGAAACCCAGACGCAAACUCACCUCCAAUGCAUCCAUCACCAGACAACCCAACAUCAAGCAGAAGUUUGUGGCGUUGUUGAAGAGGUUUAAGGUGUCAGAUGAGGUGGGAUUUGGUUUAGAGCAUGUGUCUCGAGAGCAGAUUCAGGAAGUGGAGGAGGAUCUGGAUGAACUCUAUGACAGUCUGGAGAUGUACAACCCCAGUGACAGCGGACCAGAGAUGGAGGAGACUGACAGCAUCCUUAGCACUCCAAAACCUAAACUCAGACCAUUCUUUGAGGGAAUGUCUCAGUCGAGCUCUCAGACAGAAAUCGGCAGCUUGAACAGUAAAGGAAGUCUGAGUAGAGACCCCUUCAGCCCUCAGGGGGAGCAGCCACCAUCAAAUAAACUCAAACACUCUCAUAGCCACGACCUGGAGGAGCCGCUGUCUGAGAAUGACACACUGGAGCUGAAUGAUCAGGAGUUGUUUAGUGAAGUCGGUCCCUGUAUAAUGGUGUCUGUGGCUGAGAAACCCCGAACACCAUUAAAAACCAGCAAGAGUGAGAUACAGUCCAUUCCGUCACCCAGGUUGGAUGGAGGACACACACCCCAGAAGCGCAGCACUCCUGUGAAAGAUCGACAGCUCUGUAAACCGCUGAGUGAACGAACCAACAGCUCAGAUAGUGAGAGAUCACCUGAGCUUGGCCACAGCACACAGGUGCUCAGGAAGGCUGUAUUUGAUCAGUUAAAUCAGAUUCUGUUAUCUGACGCGGCUCUUCCUGAAAGUCUCAUUCUGAUCAAUGGAACAGACUGGCAAGGACAGUAUGUUGCAGAGCAGUUGCAGGUCCAGAAGCAUCCUAUGGUGUGCACGUGUUCUGGUGCAGAGAUUCAGGCCGUUCUGUCUGCUCUGCUCACACGCAUACAGAAAUUCUGUAACUGUAACUCGUCCAUGCCCCGGCCGGUGAAGUUGGCGGUGGUCGGAGGUCAAAGUUAUCUGGGCUCUGUGUUGCAGUUUUUCGUCACCCAGUUGGCCAGUAAGACGUCUGAUUGGCUCAAUCACAUCCGCUUUCUGAUCGUGCCUCUAGGUUCUCAUCCUGUUGCCAAGCACCUGGGUGCCCUUGAUAUCCGCUACAGUGCAGCUUUCCUUGAUGGAGUGUGGAGAGACCUGUUCAACCGAUCAGAACCGCCACAGACAGAUUUGGUGGAUGUAGCUGGUCGCAUUGCUCAGUACAUCAGUGGAGCCGUUCUCACUCACCAGCUGCCGAUCGCAGAGGCCAUGCUCACCUGCAAACACAGAACGAGGGAUGAGGAUUCCUAUCAGAAGUUUGUCCCUUUUAUUGGGGUGGUGAAAGUGGGAUUGAUUGAGCCUGGACAAACAUCAGCAGGUGACAUGGAAGAGAGUGUUACUGUGAGUUUGGCUAUUCCCUCCACAUCUCCACCCUCUCACGGAUCACCUGCCAGCCUGAAAGAAACGGCCACACCCCCUUCCUCUCCGUCAGUGGGUGGAGGAUUGGCUGUACAGGGGAGCCCCAGUAUGUCUCAUGGCGUGGAUGCCAUUGGACUGCAGGUGGAUUACUGGCUGGCAUCUCUGGCUGAGAAGCGUCGGGAGGGAGAGAGGAGAGAUACAAGUUGUAAAAAUACUCUGAAGAGCGCAUUCUGGUCCCUGCAGGUCAGCCGGCUGCCAGGAGGGGGGACCAGCGAGCCACAAGCACCCAUCAACACUAUGGCUAUGACAGUGGUCACCAAAGAGAAGAACAAGAAAGUUCCCACUAUUUUCCUGGGAAAGAAACCUAAAGAGCGGGAGAUGGACUCUAAGAGUCAGGUCAUUGAGGGCAUCAGCCGGCUUAUUUGCUCAGCCAAACAGCAGCAGACUAUCCUGAAAGUUACCAUUGAUGGAGGAGAGUGGAAUGAUGUGAAGUUCUUCCAGUUAGCAGCUCAAUGGCCGACUCACGUCAAGUAUCUCCCAGUUGGAUUGUUUGGUUACAGCAAACCACCCUCCUAGGACGGCCCACCCUGCCUUCAACCCACAACCUACACCCCGUUGCACACUGCCCCCGCCGCUUAGAAUGCCGGCCAAUUGUAGUUGUGAGACAGGACUCUCCUAUGUAGCAGUCUCUGGUGGGUGGAAAGGUGUAGUCGAAGCAGUUUGAUUUGGCAGGUUUGGUAGACUUUUAUCUGCGCUAGACACUUUUAUUUAUCAAAAGGUCCUAGAGCCACAUGUGGGGGGCCAAGCACAAAAUGUUAAUACACCACCUGUCAACCAUCAACCUGAUUAUUAUUGAGCAAUAUUGAACAGCAUGACAAGGCAUUUGUCCUUAAAAUAUAAUGCCUGACCUGACAAUGGAUCGCUUUCAUUAUUGACCUCAAUGUUCAAAUUUAAGCAUAUCCAACAAAUGCAGUUUAAACCAAUAAAAAUGUUCCAUGGGAACCGUAGUUUCCACCAAAAUAAUGUACUUAUUACUGAAGCUAUUGUUAGUACUGUAAAAUCACAACAAAUUAAUAUUGUAUCUCCUUCUAAAAGUGUUAGAAAUUUUCAGAAUCUUUCAAUCGCUUCAACUUAGUUGUUUUACUAACCUUAGCUACAAUAUCUAUUGUAUUUUUGUAGAAACUAUGGUUACCUUAGUAUAUUUUUGUAGGAGAAGAUUACUGUUUUUGUCUAAUUUGAGGAACAAAAGCACCAAUUAGCAUUAGCCCAAUUAUUGAAGACGAUAAAUUGCCCAUUAGCCAACUGGUGAAUUGUUAACAAAUCUCUUGCUCUCAAAUGCCAUCUUCCCUCUAGUUGGCAAAACUUGGAAAUGCAUCAUUAACCUCUAGCUUGCAUGUCUUCAAUUACAACCAUAAAAAAAAACGUAUUUUAACGUUGAUUCUGUGGUGUACUUUAUGUACUUGUGCAUGUGUUGAGCUGUGCUCACUAUGCUGCUAUAGCCCACAACUUGCAUUCCCCUCAGUAUACAGAAGGUUAACAUCAGUGACUUAACAAGUAGUGGUUCACAGUGACAGUGGUUAAUCAGCAUUACUAGAGUAAAUUAGUUCCAUUAGUGUUAUAUUAUUUUGUACACAGAUUAUGCUUUAAUCUGUCAGAAGAGCAGGCGAUUGUUUAGUUCUACUUUUAAAAGUGAUCUUUUAGCUCAAAUAUGUAGCUCUUCUGUUUAAUUAUUUACAUAAACCAUAUCUUCAUGAUCACUCUGGUCAAUCAAAAUGUUAACAUUACAAAACAUUGAUAGGAUGGGUGAAGACCAAUCCACCUUGUUAAUAUGGGCAAUGGAAACAAUUUUAAAGUGUGUUGUCAAAAAAGAGAGCUAAAAGAAUUAUGUCAUAUCGAUUAGCUAAAGGGCUGGACUGGGUUAGACAUGAAAAUGUUGGGAAUAGUUGUGGCGUAGUCAGCAGAAUUUAGGAAAACAAUCAAUUUUGUGUUCUUACAGGUUAGGGGAGUUCUUCCGAAGGGCAACUUGGGCUAGAUGCUAUGCACUUCAAAUUACUCUUCCACAUCUUUGUCCAAAGCACAAUGUUUUUAUCAGCUAGAUGCUCAUACAAGAUGCCCAGUUAAAACAAGCAUGGGAUGAGACCGUCACUCACGAUUAGUACCUACCUUUAAAGUCAUGAGCUAAGCAGCAUAACUGAUCUUGGAUCAGUCAUUUUAGAGCUACACGCUCCCUUUAUUUGCUAGCUGUUACAAUACUAUUUAAGGCAGCUUUCACGAAUGUAAUAUUGUUCUAUUUUGUCUAGAACGUUUGUUAGAUAUUCUUGUGAGUGUUGGAUAACUAACAAAGACGUAAAUGUUUGCGAUGUGGUUUUAAAAAAUAACAAAUGAAAUUAUAAAAAAAAAAUAAUCUAUGAAACAAUGUUGUGCCACAGUUAGAGUGAUGCAAGUAUUGUGUGUGUUGAUUUGUGUGCUUUUUUUGGGGUGGGAGGGGUGUGUGUAGUGGUCACUGGUAAGGUUAGUCUGUGGUGUACACUUAACAUUCACUUCAGUCACAACACAAGAUUCAGCAUUUUUUCACCCUGCCUACUUCUAAGAAUUGAAACUUGAACUGCUAAAGAAUUAACAUACCAUUAUUGUUACAUAACAAUUAAUGGUGACAGUUUGCAAUAAGGUCCUUUUUGUUAACAUUGGUUAACCUGAACUAAAAAUGAACUACAUUGGAGGCCAAAAGACGUAAUGUACAGGUUUUGUUGUUUCGGAAGGAAAUUGGUACUUUCAUUCACCAAAGUGGCAUUCAACUGAUCACAAGGUAUAGUCAGAACAUUACUGAUGUAAAAAACAACACCAUCACUGUUUGAAAAGAGUCAUUUUUGGUCAAAUCUAGACAGGCCCCAUUUCUAGCAGCCAUCAUUCCAACACCUUGUCCUUGAGUAUUCAUGAUAAAUUGAUAUAAUGGCAAGUGAUUUUCUAGUACCAAAUUAGCAAACACAGUUGAAAGAUAUUUGGUUCAUUAAAUGAAGCUUAACAUUUUCUUUGUGUUUGAUUUUGAGUUGCCACUGUAUGCAGUAGACAAAAUGGCAAAAAAGAAACAUCUUUUGCUAAAAACUCAUCAGUCAAUAAUUGUUUUGAGGAAUGAAGGCUAGACAAGGCUUGAAAUUGCCAAAAAACUGAAGACUGUACACUUCAGUUUUCAAAGACAAAGGACAACUGGAUCUAACAAGGACAGAAAGAGAUGUGGAAGGCUAGAUGUACAACUAAACAAGUGGAUAAGUACAUCAGAGACUCUAGUUUGAGAAAUAGAUGACUCACAUGUCCUCAGCUGACAGCUUCAUUGAAUUCUACCUGCUCAACACCAGUUUCAUGUACAACAGUAAAGAAAAGACUCAGGGGUUCAGGCCUCAUGGGAAGAAUUGCAAAGAAAAAGUCACUUUUGAAACAGAAAAACAAAAAGAAAAGGUUAGAGUGGCCAAAGAAACACAGACAUUGGACAACAGAUAUUUGGAAAAGAGUGUUAUGGAUCUUAACCCCAUUGAGCUUUUGUGGGAUCAGCUAGACUGUAAGGUGUGUGAGAAGUGCCCGACAAGACAGCCACAUCUAUGGCAAGUGCUACAGGAAGUGUGGGGUGAAAUGGCAUCUGAGUAUCUGGACAAUCUGUCAGCUAGAAUGCCAAGGUUCUGCAAAGCUGUCAUUGCUGCACGUGGAGGAUUAUGGAUGAGAAGUCUUUGAUUUUUUUUAUUGAUUUUUUUCUAAUUGUAAUAGUAAUUUUUCACAUCAUUAAUGUCCUGACUAUAUAUUGUGGAACGUUGAAUUCCACUUUGGUGAAUAAAAGUGGCAAUUACUUUCCAUAAGAGCAAAAUCUGUACAUUAUUCCAAACUUUUGGCUGCCAGUGUAUACUUUUACAGCAUUUGUUAAUGUUAAUUUCAGCAUAUACAAUACAUUUUAACAUUAGUCAGUGCACAAUAAACUAACAUGAACUAACAAUGAACAAUUGUAUUUUAUUAACUAACAUUAACAAAGAUUAACAUAAAAUGUAAUUAAAAUGCUGUAAAAAUAUAUUGUUAAUUGUUUGUUCAUGAAAUCUAAUGCAUUAACUAAUGUUUAUGAAUGGAACCUUAUUGAAAGUGUUACCCAGUUAAUUUGUGAAUUUCAUUAUUCAUUCACAGACUGAAAGGAAAGAAUCUAACAAAAUCAUGACACAAUGCAAAACAAUCUUUACGGUCAUAAUUAGGCUUAAAAGAUUUUAUGAGACCCGGACAUUUUUUCACAAAAUUCACUCAAAAUCUUUCUAUUUUGGUUAACUUGUCAUAUUUUCCAUGUCUCUUUCCACAAUAAGAGUAUCCUUUGUGGCAAAAAGUAUUACGAACUACUAAGUAUUAAAGUAGAGGGAAUUGUUUCGCUCAAACAAAACUUAAUACUACAAAAAUUACAAAGGUUGCUGUCUGCACACUGAAUGACAAUCAGGCUGAAAAUUCUUUUUUUUUUUUUACUUGCAUAAUGUAAGUGUGCAGUGUGGGGGAAAAGUGUCAUCCAGUGUGCAGACAGCAACCUUUGAAGUAAGUAUUAAAAUAUAAAUAGGUCAAUUAGUUUUAUUCUUUCAACCUGCUCCUUACAUAUUUGUUCAGCAAUAGUUUUAGGUUUGUGUUUUGUUUUUGAAGUGUUUUCUUUAAUGUAUAUUAAAUGCAGCUCUCCUAUUUCUACCCAUAUUCUUAGAAAAGAUUAAAUAAAACUUCAAAAUGAUGUUUUCCAUUCAUUAGGGUGACUAUAAUACAACACAAUAUUGAACAAAAAUCCUGUCAAGGCAAAUAAUAGAAAAAACCUUAACAUGUGUUCACUUUUACUAGUUUCUACAUAGUACUCUUGAGUUUUAAUUGCAUUUAUUUUUAUACAUUUAUUUAGAUUGUUAUAGGCAACAUUUUAAAUUAAAUACGUAUGUAAUGCUCUUACAUUUGCUGUUCAUGUUUUAAACUUAUAUGAUGAGCAACAAAAACAAGCUUUUAAGGUAAAGCACAUUUACAAUUUUACACCUUAAAUAGCAACUAUUUUGGGGUUCUGGUUUAAAUUGUAUGUGAAUGUGUUUCUUGAAAGGAAAUAAGGAGAGGCAAAAAAAAGUGUCUCAGCUGUUACAUUUUGUUUUUGUUUGUUUGUGUAUAGUUGGAAAACAAAUUCUUUAUUUUUUGAGCAGUCUGGAAGAACAACAUUUUUCUGAAUGUUCAUUUCAAUAUGAAAAAAGAAACUCAUGGGCACACCACAUUCCAUUCUGUUUUCAACAACUAUAAAAUACUUUUUGAUUCAUCCAAACAUGGACUGUCAUUCUAUCCAUGUGCUGUUUGGAGUCUGGUCUUUGCCUGGCUGUACCUGUACCUCUGUAUGUACCUCUGUAUUGGUUUGUAAUGUGAAAGUUCUUCAGAAUCAUGAAGUGGAUUUGAGCAUUCUGUUUGAUAAACUAAUUAUCUGAACAGCCAAUCAGAAUUGUCUCUGUCCACUUCAUCAAAUACUUUUUGUCAAUGUUCGAGAGAUAAUAUUCCUGAAUUACACAAGCUUGGAUUACAAACAGCAGAUUUGGCCAAAGUUAGCAAAUGUAAAAAUAAUAACCCACAAUAUUUAGAUGUGGAACACUAAGAAGCCAAGCUUGUGGAUGAAAGAAGUAUUUUUGCACAUGCGUUUAUUAUCUUUUAGCAGUGUUCUGCUGUUUGCCUUUUUGCUUCUAGAGUGUAAUGCUUGUACAUAUCCAAAGUGCUUGUAUUAAGAACUUAUGUUCCUUUAUUGUGUGUGUUUUUUUUUUUAUUAUUUAACAUGUUUUGUAGUACUGUUUUUUUCAUAAGUAAGUCAAUCAAUAGAUGUGGUAUGGACAGUGGAAGUGUUACUUGUAUUCUUUUUUUAAUUAAUAAACA